UUGGGCGAGAUUCAAUCGAUCUAUGCAACUGCUCCAGGUGCAGCACGCAAUCAAACAAGCUCUGCACUAUUCUUUUCUCGGUUUCAGGUGAGUGGGUUCGGGGGGUAUUGUGAAUGGGUCGUUCAAAACAAAAUACAUAGGCCGUCGUCAUGAGCACCCUGAAUCAUGCACAAGACAUUCCCACCAUAUAUCAAACAGUCGAGAAAAACAUCCAGCAACAAGAAGAGAAAGUUCGAGUGAUGAUGCGACUUCGUGAAGGCAUAUUCAAAACAUUUGCUAUUGUUGGUUAUCCACGCGUUAUCAAUUCUUUACAGGCAUUACAAGCAGCAGCACCUAGCGAAGUCCUCGCACAAUUGCCAGCUAAACCUAUAAGAUCGGAAUCAUCAUGGCAUGAUAUCACGGAGCAGCGUGAACGCGGUAACCAAUUGUUUGACGCGAUUUACGAACGCCAUACGCAACGUGUGAGGGAGCAUAUGUACAAUGCGUAUCCGGAUCUGGCUCAAACAGCUAUCAAUCAUUUGUAUGGUCCCAUCCUAUCGGAACCGUCCAUUGUUUCUGCUAAAGAAACGAGUUUGAUCAUGAUAGCAGGCUUGAUGGUGCAAGAUGUACCUGCUCAGCUGAAAGGCCAUCGUUAUGGUGCACUUCAUUUGGGGGCCACGCAGCAGGACCUGAGCCGUGUGGAAAAUCUGGUAGAUCUUUUGUCACGCUAUUAUAAGCAACAAGAACAACGAUAGUAAAUACACACCGUAGUCGUCACCGUGAUUUCUUUACCCCACACAUUAGCAUCAACAAACGUUGGGGGGAUGUGUGAGGGGGACAAAGAAGGGCCUGGGUCUGUACACAGUUACCCGCGCAAACCUUUGUGUCACACCCACUUUAGAAUAAAAGCGCUACCAUUAUAUCGUUAUUAUUACUAUAGC